UUUAAUUUUUUUGCGUUCAAAAAGCAUUUCUACUUUCUUGCCUAUAUCUUGAGGCGCUUGAAAUUGAUUGCUUGUGAUUUUUUAACAUUCUUGUUUCGAACUAACAUUUGCAGCUUCGGUUUUCAGUAUGUUUGAGCCACCGGUGCGCGAUGUGGUCGUUAUUUUACCCGCUGCUGGGACCGGAGAACGCUUCUCCGCCAGCACGGAGAGCGAAAACUCUUCCAGCCCGAAACAGUUUGUCAUUGUCGGUCCGAACAGUCUUCCGCUCUUCAUUCACACUGUGAACGCCUUUAGCAGAAUUUCUUGGAUCAGCAAAGUGGUCCUGCUGGUGGCUGACAACCAGCUGGAGUUUGUGCAGACCACGAUUGGCAGCGCGGCCAGUGUGGAAUCCGUCACCAAGACGGUCGUGGUAGCUGGCUGCAGUACACGGCAUCGCACCAUCCGCAGCGGAGUGAAUCUUGUGGCCAAGAUGGUUCCGCGACCAGAAGUGGUGAUUGUGCACGAUGUGGUCAGGCCGUUUGUGGAGGAGAGCGUCUGCAAGAGCGUGGCGAUGGCUGCUAAAUCUCACGGGGCAGCUGGUGUGUAUGCUCCAUUGGUAUCCACGGUUGUCAGUAUUGACAACAAAGGCUUCUUAGCUGACGUCCUUCCGCGCUCUCAAUUUUUCGCCAGCGAAAUGCCACAGGGAUUCCUUUUCGCCAACCUCCUACUGGCCUACACCAGCGCAACGGAGGAAGAACUGGAAACUGGAACGGAAUGCUUGGCGCUGGUCAAGACUUACGCCGGCUGCCAUGUGAAAAUGCUUCCCAUCAAUCCCAAUCAGUAUUACAAAGUUACAUAUGAACGGGAUCUCUUAGCAGUGGAUGCCAUGUUGAAGCAAACACCGCCGGUUCUGAAAUCGAGUAGUUCGUCGGAUAGCUUUGUGGUGGACGCUCGCCAGGCUACAGUGUGCAAUCGCUGUAAUGCGGAGACAGAUUACCCGUAAUCCAAAGAAAACAGCUAAAAGAUCAUCCAUUUUCUGCAGUAUUCUUUUGUAUUGUUAAUUGUUAUCAUGUUUUUUGUCUUUUUAUUUUUUCUUUUACAAAUCUAUGUUACGUUCUUUGUUGUUCUUUCAAGUGGAUUUGGGUUCGUAGUACUCGUUACUCGUUGUUUCUCUUUGUGCGUUUUUGAUGUUUGGCGCUGUUUUUCGAAAUCAAUAUGACCGAGCAGAAUUACGUGUUCUUAUCGUUUAUGAGUUUCAUCUGGAAUAAACAGUUGUGUACGUAUUUAUCUGUUUGUGGCCGUGCACCUCCGG